UCUGGCUCGCUCGGAGUGAAUUGGGAGAAAACCGAAGGGUCAGACGUGAGGCGUUAACUACAAUAAACUAUUAGACAAAACGAGCCGUGUCGGGCUACCUUGCGUCUGUAGAGAAAGAUCAGAAUCACAUGGGGUCUCUUGAGCUAUCCUGAAGGGUCUCAGGCAUCCUCAGAGCGAGGCCGAUAUCUUUCCGCCUCUCUGCUUUUCUGCCCACUCCCACCUGAGUGUGUGUUAUUAGGCAUUUCCUCUGGCUGAUCCUCUAUCCUCUUUUGGAGGCUUUAAAUAAAAACCAAACAAGAAAGGAAAGAAAAUAAAAGAAAAAAGAAAAAGCCUGCGAAAAGCUCCCGAGAUCUGUGCGACCGCAACAUUGGCUGCAUCAGCUGACCCAGGCAGGUGAGGUUGAUUUGAAUUACACUCAGAAAGCGGUCUUAACUAGGAUAGGGCUACACCAACUGUAGGAAGCCUCUGUGGAGCCCGGAGAACGGAGAGCUAGAAAACAAUAGAGAACCGCCCUGGUCUGCAUCCCCAGUCCCGGAGAAGACAUCAGCAAGGUGGCAUCACAGGACACAGAUGGCAUUUGAUCAGAAGGGUAAGCUCCGGGCAAAGCGUUGCCUUGACAACCAGGCCCCGGCGAAAGAGACCACAUCACCUGCUGUCUGUCUGUCCCAAGAAUUGGUCUCAAAUGGUAACCCUAAAGCCGGGCAGAGAAGGACUGAGAAGUUGUGUCAGGGGGAACCUGUCAUUUUUUGGAUAUUCUCCACAAUCAACACGGACGACUUCUAUGACUCUGUCACCUCUGUCCACCACCAACCGCUUGUGUUUGCAGAGGAUAUCAGCUGAGUGUCCUUUCCUUCUACUGAGCCCUCCUGACACUGUCUGGAUGUGGCGGCAGAUGCCACAGGAUGGAUGAAAAUUACAAUCUCUUGCCACAUGGGGUCAAUUUCCAAGAUGCCAUCUUUCCAGACACACAAGAAAACAGAAGGAUGUUUUCCAGCCUUUUCCAGUUUGCCAACUGUUCCCAAGGGCAGCAGCUGAUGACUUUCUCGAGUGACUGGGAGAUCCAGGAAGACAACAGGCUCAUGUGCUCCUCGGUGCAGAAGGCCCUGUUUGAGGAGGAGGACCACGUCAAGAAGCUGCAGCAGAAGGUGGCCACCCUGGAGAAGCGGAACAGGCAGCUCCGAGAGCGGGUGAAGAAGGUCAAGAGGUCUCUGAGGCAGGCGCGGAAGAACAGCCGCCACCUGGAGCUGGUGAACCAGAAACUCAAUGAGAAGCUGGCGGGCACAGGUGCUCAGCAGCACAUCAACGCCCUGGGCCGGGAGUCCGCGCGCGCCCCCUAUCGGCAGGGGUAGCAGGUGCAGGCCUGCCUUACCCGUCCCGAAUAAAAGCGGGUUCUCUCCGCGCACUUAUUUCAAACCCUAUAGGAGAUAUCCGCUAGGCAUUUGGUAGAGUCUAACUGGGUACGGUGGUAAGUCUUGCAUUCUUUCCCACUGGGUGCUGGCCUUACUGGCCACUCAGCUUCAGACCCCACAUGCAGCAUGCCUCCUGUCUGUCCUGGCGCCAAGCAAAUGCCUUAAAAUCCAGAGGCAGCAGGAUCCCCAAGUUCUGGGCCAUCUUGGAUCUGGCCCUCAGCCUCUAGAGUUCCUUCAUUGGGGAGAGAACAUUCUAGAACCUCAAUAUACACGGAGAUAUCACGGGACUGUGCUAUUACUUUAGAAGAGAGUCAGUUGAGUCUCAGCAGCCAGAGCAGGCACAAGCAUGCAUUCCGAAGAACCACUGUUCUAAAACCUUCUGGAAUGUUCUGCUGCUUUUACCCAUGUUUUAAGAAGCAGGUGCCCUCUCAGAGCACCUUGUUAAGCUUGUUAAGACUUAAUGUGUUCAUCACGGGCACGGGUGCCGAGCAGGGAGCUGAGGCAGCUGGUAAAGAUAAAUUAUGUCAGUUUUCCAACCCCAGCUCCUACAGGCUGCCUUAAUCUACAGAGUAGCUGCUUUUAUGGACACACCAUGUCUCAUCACUCAAACUCCCAGGGUGGAAUUUAGCUCAGCCAUUGUGGAGUCUUAACUUCCUGUUUGCUGAGCAUGCCGUGAAUUUGAGUUCAAGGUCAGUCACCCCAACACACUGACAUGGUCUACUCUGCAAAUCCAUCUCGCUGCCUGCUGGGAUUCAUCUUCCCACACUGGCUCCCAAAGGGCUUUGUUCAGAUUGUCUAACCCAAGCUUCUGUGCAACUACCAAACCCUUUCCCUGGAAACACACUCAUGCUCCCUUCCCAGGUUCCCCACAAAAGGCCUGUGCAUACCCUGAGAGAAAUAUUUGCCUAAGAGUGCACUUUCUUUUUAUCAGUUCCUUAACAGAAGGCUUUCUUUGGAAAGCAAACUUCAAGGCGGUUCAGUAGGAGUGCUCUCGCUGUCCUUACCGGGGCCAAGUUUGACCAGGUGCUGGCAAGGUUACUAGGAAGUCAGCUGGGGGGGAAGGGGAGGCGUCUGUUCUGAUGAUGGCCCUCCAGACCUAAUGCCCUCCCAUGCUGUCCCGCCAACAGAAAGAAUUCUUUUGCCCUACAGUGUCAACCACUCAGAGCCCACUCCAGACACACGAGGCUGAUGAAGUGUCCUUUACUGUCACACGGCUUCCUUUCUGCUUUAGGAAGUCCAGGCACCUCUAUGAGAAGUAUCGUGUAUUGCAUGAGUAUCGGUGGUGUGGGAGCAAACUUGUGCCCUUGGCUGCACUGGGCAUGAUGGGAACUUCUACUCUGGGACCAGUCUUCUCCCACCCUCCCCCCUCAGCCCCUUUAGCAGUGAUGUGCUACACAGGUGUGCCCUCUCGUUAAUUCUCCCUGGGGACUUUUAAUUGAAGCAGUUUCCUUACCUCCCAAGAGGAUGGCAAGCUCAGAGGUGACAGCCAGGGUUUGGAGAACUGUGGCAGCCACAGCAUAUGGUAGCAUUGUGUUCUGCUUUUCCAAUAAACAUGAGCAGUGAUU